AUGGAAACCUCUCGCCGGCCAUAUUUGAAGGAUCUUGCCCAGCGUGGGGCGAUCAAGGGCGUGACAAUUUCAACUAAUGCUGGAGGGAAGGACUCGGACCUUUGCCACUACUUCGGGGGUGUGCGAUACGCUCUCCCCCCGCUACAGCGAUGGCGCCGAGCUCGUCGCUUACCAUCCACCUUCAUAUAUGGCACAACUCAAUCACCGGGAGAAUGUGAGGGUGGAGCAGGACUUUGUCCGCAGCCUGGAUUUAUGAACCUCUCAAGCUCUAAUGAGGAUGCGUGGUCAGAAGACUGCUUCCAAUGCAAUGUUUGGGUUCCCACAGGGGAAGCUCCUCGGGGUGGAUGGCCGGUCUUUGUUUUCAUUCAUGGUGGUUGGUUGCAAUUUGGUUCUCCAAAUGGAUUCAACGCGGCGGCCCUUCUUGGCGAAACGGAUUUCAAAGCUGUUGUGGUUAUGCCGGCAUAUCGUGUGAAUCUGUUUGGAUUCCUUUACUCGUCUGAAUUGGCAGAUGAUGCAGCCGCCGUUGGGGAAACUGUUGGUAACCAUGGGUUUUGGGAUCAGAGAAUGGCACUAGAGUGGAUCAAAGAGAAUAUUCACCUCUUUGGCGGAAAUGCGAACAACGUCACCAUCUCAGGCUAUUCUGCUGGUGCAAACUCCGUCUUUCACCAAUUAGCCUAUGACCUCCGCCAACCCGAUUCCAAGUCCAUCAUUCGCCAAGCAUGCAUGUUCUCAAACUCGCCCGCUGUACAGCCCAAAAGCCCAGCCGAAACACAAACUCAAUUCAAUCAGCUACUUGCUGCACUUGAAAUACCAGUAACACUGUCUGCAAACGAGAAACUUGCUCGCCUCCGCUCAUUACCUCCUAAAACCCUCCUCGAUGCAGCCGAGACGAUUGAAAUCCACCAGUUUCGACCAACUACCGAUACUGGCUUCAUACUUCCGACUUUGUUCGAAUCGCUUGAUAAUGGUGACUUUGCACGAAUGAUGCUUGCGCGCAAUAUCCGGUUGAUAUUAGGCGAGUGCCGCGAUGAAGGUCACCUCUACGCAGUGUGGUUCCCACCAAAGUUAGAUACAUUAUCUGGCAUCCGUACACGCCUGGCUGCGGACUAUCCUGAGCAUAUCGUGAAUGCUGUUAUUCCACUUCAUUAUCCAGAUGGCAAACUUCCAUCAGGUUGCAAAGACUGGAAAACAGAUGCUUGGGGACAAAUAUACGCUGAUAUGCAGGUAUAUCAUAUGCAGCGCGGUUUUAUUCAUGCACUUACCUCUAAUACUGCGAACGUGGAUGCUUCUCGGCUGCUUUUCCGAUAUCGUAUCGAAUACCGGGCGAAGUGUAUGGAUAAGUCUCUUCCAAUUGAGUGGGGUGUCACGCACUCAUCGGAUUACCCACUAUGGUUUUGGGGUAACGGAGAUGUCCUCACACCAGCCGAGAAGAAGAGUACCCACGAGGCGUUUAUUGGCCCCCUUACUCGCUUCCUUCAGGGCUAUCAAGCGACUGGAUCAGAUGGAUUUGGGUGGGAAACUAAUGGAUGCAAAGGUGUACGUACUCUUAAGCCCGACGGCACUGUUAAGAUUCAAAGCGAUGCGACAUGGGAUGAAGGAGUGAGAGUGUGGAAGGCAUUGAGACGUGCGGAUGUGUCCAAGCCCAAACUUUAA